GCCCGCGCCGCCUCAUGAGUCAUGACCCUUGACCCGAGCUGAGCUGAGCAGCGUUCAAACAUUCAAACCCUAGACGAGGCCCCUUGCAACGGUCGGAUCCAUUCCCAUAUAAUAUCCCUCCGCCCCCGACCUCCUCAGCAUCCCAUUUUUGCUCUAUUCGCCACCCACAAAUCCACUGCAGCCAGCGCAUCAGGAGAAGAAGGUAAGAGACGAGGGGGGAGAUGGAGGCGGCGGCCAUGGAUUUCCACACGCUCUCGCGCCGGGAGCUCCAGGCGCUGUGCAAGCGCAACGGCCUCCGCGCCAACAUGACCAACGCCGCCAUGGCCGAGGCGCUCCAGGGGCUAACCUCGGUCGACGGGAUCGACGAAAUCGGCACCAGUCUCUGUCUCCCGACGCCAGGACGGUCGGCGAUGAAGUCGGCGGCGAAGAUGGUGGCCGUGGCCGUCGAGGAGCAGCAGCACGGUAGCCCGCUCCCCCGCGGCCGCCGCGUAUCGGUGAAACCACCAGAGGCCAUCCGGAUGGAGGUUGAAGAGGGGGAGGACGAGAUGAAGGAGAUCGUGAAGACUCCCGGCGUGGCGCUGCGCAGCACUCGCCGCGGCACUCGGGCCACUCCCGCGCCGCUUCCUACUCCGGUGGCGGCGUGCAGUACGCGCGCAACAGCGGGGAGGACCGCCGCUCGUAAGACGCGCGACGUGGCGCCGACCCCAGCCACCCGGAGGAGCCAGAGGACAGCGUCUCGCAAGGCCGCGGGGGCUGUUGAGGUGGACCGACGCGCCGAAGAUGUAUCCGAGGAAAAGACGUCGGAUAUGACGAUAGCUUUGGAUCAGGAAGCUGAGGUGUUAGCGGCCGCAUCAAAGGAGGAGAAGGUUCAGCAAGACGAAAAGAAAGCUGCUGUUUCAGAUGUGAAAUGUGAUGACCCAAAGGAGGAGGACAAGGUGCAGCAAGAGGAACCAAAAGAUGUUGCCUCAGAUGUGAAAAUUGAUGACCCAGAGCAGGAGGAAGUUGCCAAUAAAGAUGAGGAAUCGGAGGAGGGCGACGAAGAUGUUUCGGUUAAGAGCUGCAAUGAUCCUAAGGUGGAUGAAGUGGUUGUUGUCAUAGGGGAACAAUCAACAAAGUCCCAUGAUGGGAUUGUGAAAGAGCAGGAACCUAUCAGUGUUGAGAAAUCUGCUCACUUGACGGUCAUGGAGGAUUCAACAAUCCUAGGUGUCAUUGAGGACUUGGCUGAAUUGUCACCUGCAAGGGAGAUGCCUGAUGAGAUCAUUCCUGUUACUGAAGAUAAUGAAGUGGCCAUCAAUGAGGAGACCAUCAAGGAAGAUGAUUUUGCUGACGCUAUUCAGACUGAUCCUACUCCAAAGGAGAUUAAUCUAACUGCUGCGGGGGAAGAUAAGAUCAUUGAAGGCAAAGAAGGUGCUGAUGAUAAGAUGCCACAGGCUGCUGAAACUAGUGAACAUGAUGAGGACACUGAAUUUAAAGAAGGGGCAGCUGAUGAGGUGCUGCAGGCUGAGCUGGCAGACAAUGAAACAAGUGAUGGUGAAGAUGACCGUACUGAAGUGAGAGAAGGGGCUGCUGCUAAGACGUUGCAGGGUGAACUGACAGACGAUGAGACUAGUGAAGAUGACCUCCAUGAAGAUGAAGAAUGGGCUUCAGAUGAUGAGGAAACUGCCUCUAGUGACGAGAGCGAUGAAGGUACUGAGUCCAAUGAAGGGAGUUACAUUGCUGAUGCAGUGCAGAUGUUGCAGGGAACUGGGAUAGUGGAAGUGGCCGACGAAGAUGCCUCUACUGAAGAUGAUUUCAGUGGCGACCUACCACCAGAGUUUGACAAUAUCAUGAUAUUCCGUGAUGCUGAAACUGAUAGUGACAGUGUUCCUCCAGCGCUCGAGGAAAACCAGGCUGUUGCAUUUGCAACCAAAGCUGCAGAGUCCCUAGGUGAUUCUGCCAUGAAUGCAGAGCAUUAUGAGGGUCCUGAGGAGGCUGAUGCUACUGAAAAAACAAUGAAAGUGGUUGAGGACAUUGUGAAGUCCCUGGAUGAAUCCUCCUUCAAGGAGGGAGAAUCAAAGGAGACGCAAAAGAAGCAGCCGCAGGAUUAUGAUAUCAUGAGCCUAAUAAAGCUUAGAAGCACGUACAAGAAAUGUCUUAUUGCCCGAAAGGAGGGGAAGAGGCCUCCUCUCGAGGAGGUGGAUGGGAACGCCUGCAUUGACCACUGAACAGAACAAGCUGUGUCAGUCACAAAAUUUUCGUGAGGAUGGCAGCUGCCACGACGGGAUUGAAUAGAGGAAUGCUCUGGUUGUGAAGUGAUAACUAAGGCUACCUUCAAGGCUUAAUGAUCAAGGGUUAAUGAAACUGUGGUUUCAGCCAACCAACCUGCAAUUCCUGUGGUUUUUGUCCAUGUUGAUUAACUAGUACGAAUGCCAAGUUCCUUGAAAGUUAUACAAAUCCGUUAAUGUUCAGAUGGCAUUCAGCAUGCUCCAUGUGCUGCAUGCCAACAUAUCAUUCGGCAAAUUGGCAAUGCAAACUAGAAUUGCUAACGCAGAGUGAAUUUUCUAGCCUGUUCGUUUUUUUUUCCGUGGAACCUGUUUCCCUUUGUAUGUCAUCGUUGAAUACAAGCCUUUGGACGGCCCAGCUCAGAUGCUACUCGGCCCAGUUUACGA